AUGGAGCCUACCAUCUCACAAAGGGAAGUGUACGCCAAGUUGCCAAUCGAAAUCGCAAAGGACAUCAGCGAUCGCGCCAAGAGAAGGGAGGUCAAAUUGCUCUAUCGUUGGAUAUGCGACCAGAAGCGACUGCUCGAGCGCGAGAUCUUGGUGCUGCCCAGACGCGGAGCUUUCGCGGAUUACGCGUAUGGUCUGAGCUUUUAUGACACGUACCAAGAUGCGACCAUACCCACCGAAGUACGCUGGUAUGGGGAGGAACACUUUUCCUCUCUAAAGUUCGACGAGUUGAAGGAAUUGUCGGUAAACGUCUCUGUUGACGAUGUGGAUGUGAUGUCAAAGACCACAGCUCUGAACAUGUUAUACUGUAUGAUCGUGAGCAAAUGGUGGGGAGACUUCCUCAUAUCCAAGCUGAGGUGUUCGUACGAGGACGCACCUAAGGGUGACGACUCCGAAGACGAGUCUAAUUCCGAAGACUCGGACGGCGAAGACUCGGACGGCGAAGAAGAUCAGAGACCCUACUCAGAGAUAGCAAAGGACUUCUUCCCGGACUCCCGGACGCUCGAUGCGUUCGUCAGCAUGAUGACCCUGCACAAAAAGGAUCUCGCGACAUUUUGUAAGGAAUACGAACAGAGUCGAGUCGAAGUGGAAGAAUAUCUCCAGCAGCUAUACUUGGAAGAUCUGAGAGUGUUGUUCGAGAACCAGAGUACAGAGAAGCAUGUCCAGUUGAGAACUAUGCAGUCCAUUCAUAGCUCUCUCCCUUUCCUGCGCCGCUCCCCUCUUCUGCCUCUCCGCCUCUAG